CGGUCGAACCCGUCGAGCAACCCCCCACUGGCGCACCGCCAUCACCAUCGUCGAGAUCGAGAGCGAGCGAGCGAGAGAGAGACAGAGGUGAGAGCUCGGUGACAAUGGCGUCGGGCUGGGGAAUCACGGGGAACAAAGGGAGGUGCUACGAUUUCUGGGUCGACUUCAGCGAGUGCAUGUCCCGCUGCAGAGAGCCCAAGGACUGCGCCCUCCUCCGCGAAGACUACCUCGAGUGCCUCCACCACUCCAAGGAGUUCCAACGGAGAAACAGAAUUUACAAGGAAGAGCAGCGGAAACUUCGGGCAGCCGCACAGAAGCCUGAGGGCGGAGAUGGUACUCACAGCCAUCACGCAUGACAGAAACAUGUCCUAGUUGCAAACUCUGAACUGAAUAAACACAUGUAUGAGGAUCUCUUAUCAAUUGGACUUUGUCGUUUGACUUUUUUGUACACUCUCGAUUCAUUGGAGGGUUUUGUUGCUUUGGUCGGCUUUGCAAAAGGGGAAUAUCCGACUUGUUUCUUGCAUAUUUUGAGGAUUUGAAAGUUGUUUUAUAGUUGAUUCUGGUCUUUCAAAUAAAAGGGCCUUUGUAGGUGGGAUGG